AUGAAUUUAAAUAAUGUGAAAAGAACAUACGAAUGUUUAUAUACUCACCAGAAGAUACAGAAAAAUAAAAAAUGGCAAGAAGGAUUUUGUGAAAUAAUAGAUAACUAUGGAAUGACAAAAAUAAGUUUAUUAAAUAUAAAUAAAUGUUGUAUAGAAAGUACAUUAAGUAAUUUAAUAAAUUUAAAUAAUAUUGAAGAAGAAAUCGAACUACCAAAUCAUAUAAUACAAUUCAUUGAUAUAAAUAAUUAUAUAGAAAAUGAUGUACCAGUUGAAGUUACAAAAGAAAUAAAGAGAGAAAAAGUAAAAAAAAGAAUUAAUAGUUUUUGUGUAGAAAAAUUAAAAUCUAUUAAAAAAAAAAGAGAAUCCAUAUCUAAUAAUAAUAAUAAUAAUACAAAUCAAGAUGAUUAUUUCGAUAAUAUAAAAAAUAUGUCUUCUCCAUGGGCUACACACAACAUACACAAUGAUGAUAAUAAAAAAAAUAGUUAUGAUAAAAAUAUAGACGAAAAUCCUAGUCCUAAUAAUAAUAAUAAUAAUAAUAAUAUUUUCAAUAAUAAUAAUAUUUUUAAUAAUAAUCAUUAUCAUACAAACCUCUGUCAUAAUAACAAAUUUCAGGUGCCUAGAAAAAUUGACAUUAAGGACGAAUCAAUUAAUAAAAGUAAUAUUGCAAAUAAUAAUUUUAAUAGUAAGUAUAAUAUAUACAAUGAAGAGAAUGAACAAGAUAAAAAUAUUGUGAUACAAAAAAAAAACAAUCUUCAUACAUUUAAUCAUGAUAAAUCAAUAUAUCAUAAUAAUAAUAAAUUAAAAAAUGAACAUGCACUCAUUAAUAUAAUUUAUACACAUAAAAAUUUAUUUUAUAAAAAAAAAAAUGUAAAAUGGCUAGAUGGAUUUAUUAUAGAGAAAGAUAAUUGUUUCGAAUUAUAUAACUUGUCACAAGAUAAAUUAUCUACAAGAGAAAAAUCAACAAUAGAUGAAGAAUAUUUAAAUUUUGGAUGCUAUGUUGUAUAUAAUAAUUUUUUAACAAACACAAAAGAUAAAGAUAUUUAUAAUAAUGAUAAAAAUAAAUAUAACCAUUCUUUAUUAUAUAAUAAAAAUAAAAAUAACAAAUCGUAUAAUAUUCAUGACACUUCUAAAAUUAUGGAGAAAAAAAAUUCAUAUGAUAUAAACAAAUCUAUAUCUAAUAAUAAAAGAGAUGAAGCAAAUAAUAUAACAACCACAGAUAUAUGCGACCUCGCAAAUAGGGAAUACACAAAAGGAUAUUUUAAAGAAAAUAAUUAUGAAGAGAAUAAUCAUAAAAAAAAUAAUUAUAAAGAGAACAAUCAUAAAGAGAACAAUCAUAAAGAGAACAAUCAUAAAGAGAACAAUCAUAAACAGAAUAAUCAUAAACAAGAAGUCAUGAGAAAUGAGGAUGUCAAAAAUAAUCUUAUUAGAAAUAAUAACAUAACAAAUAAUUUUAUAAAUAAUAAUCAUUCAAACAAUAUUGUAUAUGAAGAACAAACAAAUAAUAGUAGUCCAUAUAUAUAUGACUUAUCAGAAGACAAAAAAAAAACUGUGUUUUUUUAUCAUAAUAAUAAUAAGGAUGACAAUAAAGAGAUAUACGAUGAAAUUAUUAACAUAGGCAAAAUUGUUAGUUUAAAUAAUUAUUCUCAUAUGAACAUUCAUAAAAAUGUUUUAUGCUCAUCAAUGGAUCUUGAUAUACAACAACACACUGACAAUAAAAAUGAUGAUAACUCAUAUGAUGAUAAAAAAGAAAACAAAAUUUAUGAUAAUUAUAAUUAUAAAAAUGGAAAUAUACAAACAGAAUCUGUAUUAAAUGAAGAAUGUAAUAUAACGAAUAAUUACACACGUGAUUUUUAUGUGAAUAAAACAUCUUCAGGUAUUAAAAAAAAUGAUAAUGUAUUUGUUGAGAAUUUAUACAAAGAAAAAGAGAUGUACACCAUGAAUAAUAAAAAUCAUUAUGAUGAUGAUACAAAUAAAUAUGAUGAUGAUACAAAUAAUAAUCAUAUAAAUGAUAAAGAAGGAACCAACAGUUUUGAGGAGUGCAAUAAUUGUAGGAACCCAAAUGAGAAAAAAGUCAAUGAUGAAUUUAUUUUACUCAAAAAUAUUGUCCUUGAAGAUAAAGAAGAAGAAGAUGAUGAAAAUAGCUACUGUAAGUUAUAUAAAAUAAAAAAUAUAAAUAUGUUUAAAAGUAAUAAUUUUAAUUUUCAUAUUAAAGAUAUAAAUAAUAUUAAUAAGAAUAAUUUAUUUUUACCUAUAUAUAUUAAAUUAUUAAAUAAUAAAAUAGAUAUAAAAAAUAAAUUAAGUAAUUUGAAAUAUUUUCAAAUUCCCAAUUUUUUUAGGAACAAGUCGGAAUAUGUUUUAUAUUUUAUGAACUCUAUAUUAUAUGAAAUAUAUUAUGAAAUAACAGCUAAAAUAUUAUAUUUCCAUGAUGAUUUGAUACAAUUUUUUAAUGAUAGAAAUAUAUAUAAGAAGAAAAUUAAAGGGGAGGAAAUGAUUGAGCGAUUGGAGCAUGGGCAUAUGAUUCACAAUAAUAAUAAUUAUUACAAUGAUGAUGAUAAUAAAACAAACAGUAAUGAUAAUAAAACAAACAGUAAUGAUAAUAAAACAAACAAUAAUGAUAAUAACACAAAUAGUAAUGAUAAUAACACAAAUAGUAAUGAUAAUAAAACAAAUAGUAAUCAAAAUAAAACAAAUAGUAAUCAAAAUAAUACUUAUGAAGCUUCAGAAUACUGGAAUGUAGAGAAUUAUAAUAAAAUAUGUAACAUAAAAAAGGUAGAGGUGAAAAAUGAUAUAUUUACACCAGUUAUAAAUUUAGAUGAUGAAAAAAAAACUAAUUUUAUAGAUGAUGAUUAUAUUUUAUUUUUAAAUGAUUGUGAAAUUUUUUAUAGUAUAAAUGAUACAAAUAAGAAUAUUCAUACAAGUAAUUAUAUGAGUAGACGUUUUUUUUUAAGUGUAAAUGAACAAACAAAAUAUCUUUUAAUAAAAAAAAAUAAAAGGAAAAUAAUAGAAGAUAAGAAUAAAUAUAUAAAUGUAAAUCAAAUAAUUAUAUUUAGUAAAAAUGAUUUAUAUUUAAAUCAAAAUGAUUUAUUAAUAUUUAUUUCAAAGUGGAAUAAGCUAAGUAAUAACUAUUUAGAAAUUUAUCCAUUAAACAUUGAAACGUUUACAUAUAUGAAUGAAUUAUUUUUAAAAGAAAAAUUUGCAUCAACAAAAAAUUAUUCUUAUUUUUUAAAAAGACAUAAAAAAAUAUAUUUCUCUUCUUGUUUAUUCUUAAUCAAAUUUUUAGAGCAUGUAGAUAAUUUAAAAUAUCUAUUUUAUUUUUAUAAUUCAAUAGUACAAGCAAAUCGUUUUCACACUAACAAAUAUAUAAAUCAUACAAAUAAUAACAAUAAUGUUAAUUUGAUACAUAAUAAUUUACAAACAAAUAAUUUUAUAAAUUUUAAUUAUAUAUGUAGCAAAAUUGGUAUUAAAAAGGAAUUCAAUCCAAUGCUCGAUACACAAAUAGUAUUAAAUUAUGUUAAUGCACAAUUUAAAAGAGAAAUUUUACAAAUUAUAAAAGAAAAUAAAAUGCUUAACAAGAAACAGAAGGAUAUAAUUACUUGUGUCGUUAACUGGUUUAAGUAUGCCGGACCAGAGAAAAAUGAAAAUAAUGAAAAUAAUGAAAAAAGUGAAAAUAAUGAAAAAAGUGAAAAUAAUGAAAAAAGUGAAAAUAAUGAAAAAAGUGAAAAUAAUGAAAAAAGUGAAAAUAAUGAAAAAAGUGAAAAUAAUGAAAAAAGUGAAAAUAAUGAAAAAAGUGAAAAUAAUGAAAAAAGUGAAAAUAAUGAAAAAAGUGAAAAUAAUGAAAAAAGUGAAAAUAAUGAAAAAAGUGAAAAUAAUGAAAAAAGUGAAAAUAAUGAAAAUGAUGAAAAAAAUGAAAAAAGUGAAAAUAAUGACAUAAAUGACAAAAACGAAAUAUUUCGUAGCAAUAACUCUUGUGAAAACACCCAUUUUUAUGACGACAAUUAUAGUAGCAAUAAUAGCUUGCUAGUUAAUGGUAUUUUUGGAUCAGGAAAAAGUACACUUAUUUGUAAUAUCCUUUUAUACUUAGAUAAAAUAUUAACACAUGAAGAAGAAGAAGAAAAAGAGGAAGAAAAAAAAAAUAAGAAGAAAGCAAAUAUAAGAAAAAAAAAAAAAACGACUUCAAAAACAAAUAGUAAUUCAGAUGAUUCAUAUAAUUAUGAAUCAGAAAGUAACAAAAAAGAUGAUGAUCAUAUAUACUCACAACAUAUAAAUGAAACGGAUAUGAAAAUCAUUGAACAUAUAAAUAAAAAACAACGUUUAAAGCAAAAUAAAAUUUUAUUAAUGUGUAAUACUAAUUUAGGUGUUGAUAAUAUUUUAUUAAAAUUAAAAUUUGAUUUUAAUUUUUAUGAUUUUGCUAGAAUAGGAAAUAUAUAUGAAAUAAAUUUUUUUCUCAUAACGAACUUUAUUACUCUCAAUUUAAGAGAAGAUAAAAGUGUUGAUGAAUUAUCCAAGUAUUUAAAUAAUAUAAGUACUAAAAUAGAUAAUAUGCAAAGUACAAUUCAUAAUAAAAAAGAAACAAACUCAGAUAACAUGAAAGUAGUCAAUAAUGAUAAUAUGUAUGUGAAAAAUAAUCAUGAAAUUGAAAGAAAUAAUAUUAAUGAUAAAAAAAAAAAUUUAUAUCAUAUACCUUCCUAUAUGAAAGAAGAACAUAUACAAAAAAUAAAAAAUUUCGAUCAGUUAUUAAACAUUUUAAAAAAAAAUAAAGAAUUUGUUUUAAAAAAUAAAUAUAAAAACAAAAGAGUCAUCGCAGGUACUUGUAGAAGUAUACAUCUGUUCGAGAAAAUCAAUACCAUAAGACAUAAUAUAAAUUAUCUAAUAGUUGAUGAAGGCACACAAAUUAAUGAAUUAACACUUUUAAAGUUUUUUAUGAAAUAUCCUAUAAAAAAAUUUAUUUUUAUAGGUGAUGUAAAACAAUUAGGAUUUGUUUUAAAAAGUAAAAAUGAUUUAAGUCGUAGUAUGUUUUCAAGACUUAUUGAAAAUGAAUUAUUUAUUAAAUAUUAUUUUGUACAAAACGAAAAAAAUAAAAAUUUCAACAUGGAUGAUAAUAUAAAAAAUGAAAAUACAAACAUAAAUAAUAAUCAUUUAUAUGAUGAAAAUAUAAAAAGUCAUAAUAAUAUUCAUGACUACACUAAAAAUAUCGAUGAUAUCAUAGAUAUUGUAAAUAAUCUAAAUGAUCAAGAAUAUUGUACUUUAAAAUAUUUAUUAUACGAAAAAAUGUUCGAUUUAUAUAUAGAAAAAAAAGAACACGAUACACAAAGGCAAAAUUGUAAUAAUUACAAAAAACAUACUCCUUAUAUUAAUAAAUUAAUUAUUCUAAAUAAACAAUACCGAUGUCAUCCAUGUAUUAGUGAAAUAUGUAGCUAUUUAUUUUAUAAUAAUCGUAUUAAAAAUGCAAAAAGUACCAUGCAAAUCAAAAUACAUUAUCAUAAAUAUAAUUCACACGUCAAUCUAAUAUUAAUUAGAAGCAAUUAUAAAGAAAUACUAUAUAAGUCUUCAUAUAUUAAUAUCAUGGAAGCAAGUAUAAUUAUUAGAAUAUGUGAAAAUAUGAUUGAUAAUGAUAUUAAUCCAGAUGAUAUAGGUAUCAUCUCUUUAUACAAAUCACAAUCCUCAUAUAUCAAAAAUAAAUUAAACAAUUCAAAAAAAGCCAACCAAUUAAAAAGAGUUAGAGUUAGUACAGUCGAUUCGUUCCAAGGAAUAGAAAAAGAAAUUAUUUUGUUUUCAUGCGUUAUGUGCCCAGCGCAAUUAGAAAAAAAAAGAGAAAAAAUAAAACAUAAUAAGGAUGAAAAUUUUGUACCUGAUGAAAAUAAUACUAGUGGAAAUAAUAUAAUUAGUGGAAAUAAUAUAAUUAGUGGAAAUAAUAUAAUUGGUGAAAAUAAUAUAAUUAGUGGAAAUAAUAUAAUUGGUGAAAAUAAUAUAAUUAGCGAAAAUAAUAUAAUUAGCGAAAAUAAUAUAAUUAGCGAAAAUAAUACAACUAGCGAAAAUAAUAUAAUUAGCAAAAAUAAUAUUAUGAACGAACUAGCCAUUUCAAUGGAUAACGACAGUUCUCAACUACACAGCAAUGUAUUUUUUGAAUCUUUCUGUGAGAAUAAAAAUCGUAUAAACGUAGCUUUGAGUAGAGCAAAAAGUCAAAUAAUAAUUGUUGCACAUAAUAAUUUUAUAGAAAAAAACAAACUGUGGAAUUAUAUAAAAUCCAAGUGUAAAAUAUAUUACUAUGAUUAA